UUGAGGUGGUAGGAGGUGCUGCUCUCUGUUGAUUGUGCUCCUGAUCCACCCUGGGCUUCUUCUACAACCACUGAGUGAAGAUGAGAAGCCUGUCACGAGCAUGACGUCGCUGACAAGUAUCAUUGCCUCCCACCAGUCUGAGUGGGUAUCCUUCAGUGAUGAGCUCCUCCUUCCUGCAGCUUCACAGGGUAGCAAUGAAGAGCCUCUGGAAAGACAUUUUUCUUCCUCAGACACCUCCUCAGAAGAUAACCAUAAUGUGGAUGGAGAAUUUCAGGACCCCCUGCAGAGCGAGCUGAGUGAUGUAUUGGAGAAACCCCAGGUGGAGGACUCUGCAUCAGCAUCUGUACUUGAGAACCAUGAGUCUCCCAAAUCAGAGCUGCCUUCAUCCAUCAGUUCCUGGGUUCAGUUUGAUGAUGCACCAUGGACCAACACUUUACCAGUUCACACACACAUGGCUUCUCCAUCGAAAGCACCCAGCUGGACAACUCCCUCCUCAGAUUCUUCUGAGAGACGACCUCUUGCUUCUGAGAGCAGCUGGACAACCAACUCGGAGGAUACCAGCAGCCCAAGCAUUGCACCAUCCUAUACAGAUCUGCAGUCAAUAAAUACAGAGGAGGUGACCAGCGGUAGGACUUCUGCAGCAGACUCAGCUGAGUCACCGCUUCCCAGGUUAAGUCCCCUCUCCUAUAAUUCCUCAUCUCUUCAAGAAGAUGAAGAGCUAGAUAUGGAGGCUGUCAACUGGCAGCUGAACAGCACUCCUGUGAAUGGGCAUUCUGUGACCCCAGCCAAAGCUCGUUUCCCCAGCUGGGUGACUUUUGAUGACAAUGAAGUCAGCUGUGCUUCACCACCGAGCCUUUCUCCCUUGAAACUGGAUUCCCCACCAGCAGUAACACAGGCUCCAGAUGUGAACUUUAACGUCACUGCAUCCUUUAAGAAGAGAGAGCGGCCUAAAAGCACCUUGGCAGACCUCUCUAAAAUUCAAAAGCUAGAUCUUUCUUCCGUAAGCAGGCUGCCUUCUGUUGGUGGAACACCGCCCUGGAGUGCUACUAACCCCUUCCUGGAUGAAUCUCUGCAGGAUGUCCAACCGUCACCUAUCAACCCAUUCAGCUCAUUUUUUGAGGAACGAGACAGGCGUUCCCACAGCUCCUCUCUCCCUGCUGUUCUUGGCAAAAGCCAAAGAGACUCCCUUAUUAUCCUUCACCAAGAACCUGACACCAUCAGCUUCAAUGAGUUGAGCAAAAGCAUAACCCACACAGAAGCUGUUGAGCAGCUCAAGCAGCUCCAAAUUGGAGAUCCAGAUCACCUGAGCAGCCCCACUCUACCUGAUGAUGACCCCAUGAUGCCAAGUGAACUGGAUGACAUCUCUUUGAACUUAGCACCAUCUCAGCCCAAAGAUGGCUGGCCAAUGAUGCUUAGGAUACCAGAGAAAAAGAACAUCAUGUCAUCUCGGCAUUGGGGGCCAAUCUUUGUCAAGCUGACUGAGAGUGGUUACCUACAACUUUUUUAUGAGAAGGGACUGGAGAAGCCAUUUCGGGAAUUCAAACUUGAGAUCAAUCAUGAACUUUCAGAGCGCAAGCUCCAGAACUAUGAUGAGAAUGGAAGGAUACACAGCAUGCGGAUAGACCGUACCACCUACAAGGAAAAAAAGAAGUAUCAGCCUAAGCCGUCCAUCACCCAUGCGGCAGAAAGGGAGCAAGUGAUAAAGCUAGGCACUACUAAUUAUGUAGAUUUCCUUAGCUUUAUCUCAGCUGUUCAGGACACAUUGAUGAACCUGCCAGCCUCAUCGAUGGAUCUAAGCAUGGUGGGAUUGAACUACCAAGAGGAAGAAAUCACUGUUGAUGUCAAGGAUGAGUUUCAUGGCAUCUUGGCCAAAGGAGACAAUAGGAUUCUCCAGCACAGUGUGCUAACACAUAUAUAUGUCCUCAGCUUUCUUUCUGGCUUGGCAGAAUGCAGGCUGGGCCUUAAUGAUAUCUUUAUUAAAGGGAAUGAAAUAGUUGCACGACAGGAUAUCAUGCCCACCACUACCAGUAAGUGGAUUAAAUUGUACAACUGCCAGUUCCAUUCAUGUGUGGAUGAGGAACUGUUUAACAGUUCCCGUGCUAUUCUGUUUAAUCCUUUGGAUGCUUGCCGCUUUGAGUUAAUGAGGUUCAGGACAGUAUUUGCUGAGAAGACUUUGCCUUUCACUCUGAGGACGGCAACUAGCAUCAAUGGUGCCGAAGUAGAAGUCCAGAGCUGGCUGAUGAUGUCCACUGGGUUUUCUUCCAACCGUGACCCUCUAACUCAGGUCCCCUGUGAAAAUGUGAUGAUCCGCUACCCAGUGCCAAAUGAAUGGGUAAAAAAUUUCCGCAGAGAAAGUGUCCUGGGGGAGAAAUCUUUGAAAGCCAAGGUGAACAAGGGUGCCAGUUUUGGAUCAACCAGUGUGUCUGGUUCUGAGCCAGUAAUGAGAGUAACUUUGGGAACUGCCAAAUAUGAGCAUGCAUUUAAUUCCAUUGUAUGGAGGAUAAACCGACUGCCUGACAAAAACUCAGCUUCUGGCCAUCCCCACAGCUUUUUCUGCCAUCUAGAGCUUGGUUCUGACCGGGAAGUGCCUUCCAGUUUUGUCCGCUAUGUGGACGUGGAGUUUGACAUGCCCACCACUUCAGCAUCCAAAGCUGCCAUUCGGUCCAUCUCUGUAGAAGACAAGAACAACGUGAGGAAAUGGGUGAACUAUUCAGCACACUACAGUUAUAAGGUGGAAAUUGAACAAAAAAAAAGCUUGGAUACAAAUCUAAAGGGAGAAGAAACUGAAAACUCCAGUGAAUGCACUAUUCAGGGGAAAGGCGAAGCGCUUGAGAGUGCUUUCCCAGCUCUUCUGUCUUCCACGAUAGCAGCAUUUCGUGCUGUGCUCAUAGCAGCAGCAGCAGCGCUGGAGGCGGGGAAAGGAGGGAGACCUGGAUUGUUUGGUGUUCUAAAUCCCACGGAGCGGCCUAAACUGUAUAGGUCUGUAAUUGAAGAUGUCAUCAAUGAUGUCAGAGAAGUUUUUCUGGAUGAAGGAGUGGAUGAACAAGUCCUUGUGGAACUCAAAACACUGUGGGAGAACAAGCUGAUGCAAUCCAAGGCUGUAGAUGGGUUUCAUUCAGAAGAACAGCAGCUUUUGUUGCAGGUUCAGCAGCAACAGCAGCAGCAGCAACAGCAGCAGCAGCAUCACCACCACCACCAUCAUCCUCAACCACAACCACAGCAGACACUGCAACAGCAAUCCCAGCCACAGCAAGUCCUUAUUCCUGCAUCCCAGCAAGCACCUCAGCAGCAGGUUCUUGUGCCAGAUUCCAAGCUGAUACAGCACAUGAAUGCAUCGGGGAUGAGUGCUGCUGCUACUGCAGCUACUUUGGCUUUACCUGCUGGUGUGACUCCUGUUCAGCAAAUACUUACAAAUUCAGGCCAGAUCUUGCAGGUAGUUAGAACUGCAAAUGGAGCUCAGUAUAUCAUUCAGCCACAGCAGCCAGUGGUUCUACAGCAGCAGGUUAUACCACAGAUGCAGCCUGGUGGUGUACAAGCACCUGUCAUACAACAGGUCUUGGCUCCUAUCCCUGGAGGGAUCUCUCAGCAGACGGGAGUGAUCAUUCAGCCUCAGCAAAUCCUGUUUACAGGAAAUAAAACACAGGUCAUACCCACCACUGUGGCAGCUCCUGCCCCAGCACAAGCACAGAUUCCUGCAGCUGGUCAGCCACAGGCACAGCAACAACAGGCACAGCCCCAAGCACCCCUUGUGCUUCAAGUUGAUGGAGCUGGGGACACAUCAUCUGAAGAAGAAGAAGAUGAGGAAGAAGAUUAUGAUGAUGAUGAAGAGGAAGACAAAGAAAAAGAUGGAGGUGAAGAUGGCCAGGUUGAAGAGGAGCCCCUUAACAGUGAAGAUGAUGUGAGUGAUGAGGAAGGACAAGAGCUAUUUGAUACAGAAAAUGUUGUGGUGUGCCAGUAUGAUAAGAUCCAUAGAAGUAAAAACAAGUGGAAAUUUCACCUCAAGGAUGGCAUCAUGAACCUUAAUGGAAGAGAUUAUGUAUUUUCCAAAGCCAUUGGAGAUGCGGAAUGGUGAAGUUUUUAAGACAAAGCAUAAAACUCCCCCCAAAAAUUAAAAAAAGAAAGAAGCAAAAGCAGGAAAGGUUGAGACUUGGACAUGCAUUUCAACCAAAAUUUAUCUCUGCACAUCAGAAAAGUACAGUAUAAACAAAACUACCAGGACAAAGGUAGAGCGUGGCAACAUAGACACUACUUCAGUGGGCAAGCCAUGGGACUGUAGCAACUAGCAUUGUCUGGGAGCUGGUUUUGUGUGUUAGGAAUACCUUGAUUAUCAUUCUGCAUACAAGAACCUACAGCUGGUAAUUAGCAUGUAAGGCUUUGUCUCCCCUUUCUUCCCCCUGGGUUAAGGUUUUAAAAUUUCCUCCACUGAUUUGAAUUCCUUUUUGAUAUACUAAUAAUCUGAAAAUGCUUUGUGUGUACAAAACUUUGCUUUGAACACUUCCCUUUGAUAGUGAAGAUGGUCAGAAUGUUGCUUAAAACUGUGUGCAGGCUUUGUACAGAAGGGUAAGAAUUAAGGCGUUAAAUUUUAAUUAUCUUCUAUAAGAAAAACACUUUUUAAUUGUACUAUGGCCAUGUAUAAUUUUAUCUACAUAUUUUCCUUCAUUCCUUCCCUCACUCACCUGUCCUCCCCUCUUUCCCUCCCCACCUCUUUCCUCCAAGAAAUUCUUAUUCUUAGCAGUUACAAAAUGUAAUAUGAUAAUUUAUACUUUAAAACCAUUUUAAUUUGAGUGAUACCUUGACCUUUUGGGUCUGUAUUUUUUUUCUUUUAGUGUUGAAAACCUAUAAAUCCUUUUCGAAAAAUUGAGCCCCUUGACUCUUUUAAACAUACUUUUAGCAUUUGAUAGAGUGGUUUGGGAUGAUGGAGUGGAGAAGAAUGCAAUGGUAGCUUUUAUUUGCUGCUUAAAAGGCCUGUAAGACUCUUCAGAUUGAAAACUGCAGGCAUUCUGAUUGCUUAUUAUAUUCAUUCCUUCACUUGCUCAGUACUUUUUUACAAUCCAGGCAUCCGUAAAUAUGGGUGGGACAGAACUCUGAAUCUUCGUGUGUUAGGGAGAGGUUAUAUAUAUAAGCUUUUAAUACCCAGCUGAAGUUCUGCUAAUAAGGAGACUGGUUUAAUUAUAAAAAUACCCCAGAGCUUUUUCUCUCCUUGUAUAGUCUUACCAGUAAGUUGAAGUGUGCUGCCGUUAAUGUCUUUAAAGCCUCUAGUGAUGCAUAGCUUUAUGGCAAAUGAUGUGAAGCAUUGAUCAUAAAUUUUGUCAAGAGUAACUUAAUAAAAAGGAUGACUUGGUAAUGCAGAAAUAGUCAUCACAUACUUAAACCUAAUGUAACAGCCUUUGCACUUGCCUAUCACAAAUGUUGUUUAUGAAAAGCAAAACAUCUUUUCCUUAUGCAGUGGUUCUUCUUUCAGAUCAGUCUUUCAGAAAUUCAGUCCCUCUCCAGCAACGAAGGAGGAGUUGAAAACUUAGUUUUUAAGUCAGACAUCUGUGAGGAGGAAUGCGAAUGCUCUGUGUGGCUCACCAUUUCAAGAUAAAACUAUAAUGUUCUCAUUGCCUACCUGAAGUUGGGGGGUGGGGGAGAGGGGAGGGUAAAAACCAACAGAGGAAGCAAGUUUAACUUGAACAAGGGGAACACUGCAAAGUAGACUCUUUACUACUUUACUUGGCCUUUCUUCUAGUGGAGGAUGAAACUGAAAUUUUUUUAUUUAACAAAAUCAAAAAUAUAUUUAAUCAGCAGUAUAUAUUAACUGCCUUCAUUUUUGCGCUCUACUUAUUUUCCAAGUGCAUUCAUAGUCUCAAAUAGCAUAGAGGAGAUCCACAAUAUGUAGCAAGAAAGAAAACUGAGUGGUUAUGUUUGGACCUGUGGUAUUGCUGUCCUUUAAUUCACAGGUAGUCAGGGUUUUGUUUGUUUUAGUAAUUCACCUGUCUAUAUACAUUAUUGGCUUUAUUACAAGCUGAGUUUCUGAUCUUAUUAAUUCAUUACCAACUAAAGCUGUAACCAUUUUAGGAUACAUUUUUGGCUCUGGACUUAAAGGUUUCUCUCAGAAUAGUAUUUACUUUUUCUUCUGUAGAAAGGAAUAAUCUUGUUUGUUUUAAUAUACCACUGUUCAUACUUUAAAUUGUGUGCAUCUUCAGUGAAACCAGUUUAUUGAUUAAUAAUUUCCUUUGCAUCUUUCCUGCAUCUCCAGGUAGUACUAAUGCUGAUUACCAGUAAUUAAUUAGCCUUCCCAAUGAUUUAGAACAAACCCCACUAUGUUGCACAGUUGAAUUGGUAAAAGUCCUUUAGCUACAGAUUCCUUUUUAUACUACUGGAACCCAGAUUACUGUACAAGAUAUUUAGUUUCUUCUUACAUCUAGGGUCUUUUGCCCAAGUAUUUUAUAGUAGAAACUGCAUAGCCUUUUUAUUUAUUUUUAAGGAAUACUACAGCUUUAAAGGUGACUUAAAUUAAGCUUUUCAAGGAAGUUAGAAACCAACUGUAUUUGCAUGGUAUCUUGCAAAUUAAUUGUAAGGUAUGCUUGGCAGACAAGGCAUUGGUCUUUCAAUAGAAGUACCUGUGAAGUUUUCUAAAAGCCAGUCAAACAUAAACAUACCAAACUGUGCUCUUAUUACUACAUCAAGUGUUCCUUUUUUAAAUCAGAAAGCACGUUUUAAUUUUCUUAUUGUAGCAGCUUGAUGUAAGAAUGUAGUUUGCUUAAUUUUAUUAUUGUACUUGAAUUUUAAUCAUGUUUUUAAUAUUGUAACUGAACAGACAUUUUCAUUAGGUUCCACAGAAAACCAUUCCUUUCAGAGGGCAAGGGAUUCCCGUGUUCAUAGCAUUUAAAUUAUUUUUUUCUUGAAAGUAGAAAAUAGAUUUUUUUUUCACUUUUUAAAUAGUUCAGUAUUAUUAACGGUUUCAAGAGGGCUUUUGUUUAGAUUUGCACAGAUAAUGGAGCACCUUUUUAAGAUGACUAAAUGGGGAAAGAUAACUUCAUAGUUAAAUGUUUUAACCAUGAUGGCUAAUGGAAAUUUUAAAGAGCAGCUGGACAAAGUUUGGAGUCUUGUGCCUUUUCAAUUUGCAGAUAUUCCUGUUUUGUCAGCAUGGUUAUUUUAUUGGAUUCCUAAGAGUAGACGUCCUACAAUGCUUCAAUCACAAAUCAGCAUUUUAGCUCUAAUUAUACUGGCUUUUUAAUGUGUGCAAUCAUUUUAACACAUCUAAAUUGAAAAGAAAUAAAAAUAUGUUGUCUGCUAAGGAGGCUAAUAGAGGAUUUAGUCUCAUAAGGAACUUUAUAUUGGACUAUUUAAAUAAAAUGUAUAAAACUUUAUUCCCCCAACUUGGUGGUAAGUGGCAAAAUUUGAAGUUUCAUCCACCUUAUUCCUGCAUUGCAAUCGCAAGCUGCUCUUUCAACAACAGUCAUUCCCCUGAUUUUUACAGAUCAUGAUUUUACAAGAACAAAUUAUGUUCAUAGCUUAUUCUUAAGGGGAUGAGGCUGUUUUGAAGCAGUUUCUAGAACAGAGCAAAGAACAUACUAAAUGUGAUGGAGCAGACCUUUGUUAUAGAUGUCUUUCUAUUUUUUGCUGUAGUUAAGAGGGUAGAGUAAACUUCUGAGGUCUUAGGUUGGUUUUUUUCCCUUUUGUAAAAGUAAUCCUAUAAUCUGUCUACAUUCAGCAGCAAUUGUCACCAUAAAACACUACCAGAAUACAAUUCUGUAAUUCCAGUGCAGGAGUUAAAAAUGAGACCUUGUCUACUAGAGCUUAUUCUCUCUCUCUCUCUCUCUCUCUCUCCCUCCCAUUUGAAAAUUUUUUAACGUUUUUUUUUAUUAUUAUUAUAGAAUGCAAUAAUUUUCAGGACCUAGAACAGUAGGUUUAGGGAAAUGCACACUGGAUGUCUAAUGCUCUCUCUUACAUGGCUCUACAGUCUGUCUCUAAAGGUUUAAUUCACACUUUAAUGGUUACAAAAGAUGGGGAAACUAGCACAUUGUUACAUAUCUGUCUGGGAUUCAUAAAUCUAGUUCUCAUUAUUCUGGGUGGGUGAGAAAUACGCAGAAACCAGGCCUUUUGUUUCUGGCAGAUCAGGUUGCUAAUACUUACGCUCUUUUUUCCUUAAGCAGUUAACAUAAGGCAGUUGGUUUGGUGGGGUGUUUUUUGUUUUUUUGCAACUCUGUUGGAUUGAACAUUGAGGAACAAAAGGAACUUUUUUUUAAACCGGAAGGAACUACCUUGGAUUAGCUAGACAUGCAGCCAUCCAAUGUUACUUGCUCCAGUAUGCAAUAGGGUACCAAUAAAACACGGAGAGGGGGAAUAUCCUUUUUUGCUGUUCUGAGCUACUAUUGUCAACUGCUGUUGUACAUAUACUGUUAUGUGUAAGGGGGUAAAUAUAUUUAUUAUGUUUGUAAAAUUCAUUCUGUACAAUUGCAGAUCAAGGUUGCUCUUCUGUGAUAUACAGGAUAUUAUGUUUCGAAGGCCAUGCUUGGAAUACAAUUAGAGAACUUAGUAUUUUGAUGUACUAAGACCUAUUUUAAGUUUAAUAUUUUGCCUUUGCAAAAACUUUAAUUAAAGAUGUUAUUUAAAAAAUAAA